AUGUUCCCAGGGUGGUUGGUCCUCGUGCUCCUGUUUCUACUGAGCCCACGCACGCAGACCUUCAACAGCCAGCUGGUCAAGUGCUUCGAAGAUCCCCAGUAUGAAGAACUGGUACGGCUGGCGAGAGACGGCCUGGGGCAGACAGUGGAAAGAAAGCGAAUCGUGGUGAUUGGGGCAGGCAUGGCCGGGCUCACUGCUGCCAAGACCUUGCAGGAUGCAGGCCACCAGGUAACUGUCCUGGAGGCCUCGGGGCGUGUGGGUGGCAGAAUCGAGACACACCGUGUACCUGGAGCACAGUGGUAUGUGGAACUGGGAGCCAUGAGAAUCCCUGCCAACCACAGGCUCUCCAGAGAACUCAUCAGGAGGUUUGGGCUGCAACUUGGGGAGUUCUGCCGCUCCAAUCUCCAGACCUGGGUGUUGGUCAAUGGGGUUCGGCGGAAGACGGGAGAGAUGCAGGCCAACCCCCACCUGCUGGGUUACCCCGUCAGAGCAGACGAGAAGGGGAAGACUGCAGAGCAGUUGUUUGAUCAGUCACUGAGGAAGGUGGUGGAGGAACUGAAGACAAGUAGCUGCAGCCAGGUGCUGGAAAAGUAUGACUCCUUCUCCACCAAGGAGUACCUGAUAAAGGUGGGCAACCUGAGCCGUGGGGCUGUGCAGAUGAUUGGGGACCUGUUGAAUGCAGACGCCGGCUACUAUGAAGCCUUCACAGAGACUCUCCGUGCUGUCAUCUCCUUCAACCAGGAGCCUCGGUUUGAUGAAAUCGUCGGGGGCUUUGAUCAGCUCCCUAGGGCCCUGCAAGACUCCCUCUUGCCUGGGACGGUGCUUCUCUACUCACCAGCAGAGGAGGUGGAGACAUCUGGUGACCUUGUCCACAUCACCUACAAAACAUCUGACCCACUUCGCCCUAAAGAGCGCCUGACUGCAGACUAUGUGAUUGUGGCCAGCACUGCCAAGGCUGCUCGGCUCCUCCGUUUCCGGCCACCCCUCUCCCCUGACAAAGAAGAUGCCCUGCGUUCCGUCCACUACAACAGUGCCACCAAAGUGAUCUUGGCCUGUACACAGCGUUUCUGGGAGCAGGAUGGCAUCUUUGGAUGCAAGUCCAUCACUGACCGGCCUUCUCGAUUCAUAUACUACCCCAACCACGUCUUCCCCAACGGCACAGGAGUCAUCCUGGGGUCCUAUACCCUGGAUGACGACUCCGCGUUCUUCACUGCCAUGAAUCAUGCUCGGGUGGUAGAGGUUGUCCUGGAUGACCUGGCCUCAGUCCAUAAUCGCCCCAAAGAGGAGAUCCGGGCCCUGUGCCCGUACUCCACAGUCAAGCACUGGAGCCAGGACCCCUAUUCCAUGGGAGGCUUUGUCUUCUUCACUCCUUACCAGUAUGUGGACUAUGCCCAGGAACUCUGCCGGCCCGAAGGGCGGGUGCAUUUUGCUGGUGAGCACACAACCCUGCCUCAUGGCUGGAUUGACACCGCCAUCAAAUCAGGACUCAGGGCCGCACAGAGCAUCCAAGAGGCUGUGCGCUUGGAUUUGGCAAAGAAUACCAGAAACCAGAAAAGGCCCCACUCCAAAAGUGAGCUAUAG